ACAUAGCAUAAAUAAAUCUAAUUUCCCUCACUUUCAUCUCCAACAUUUUCUUAUUUCCUUCCUAAUUUCCAAUCUCUGUUCUAGCAAUAUAUUUUUUCUCCAAAAAUAACUCCAUAUAUUUUCAGUUUGAUUUUCUUCUUCUAGCUCUUAAUUAUAUUUCUUUGUUUUUCUUUAUCUUUAAUCUCAUCUUUGUUUAUCUUUAAUCAAAACCCAAAAUUUCCAUGGGUUCUUGAAAAAUUAGAAGAAAUAAAGAAAACAAAAUAACCAAAAAAGAAAAACGAAGCUAAUGGUCUUAGAUAUGGAGUCUACCGGAGAAGUUGUUAAGUCAACCGCCAGUAACGGCGGCGGUAUUACGGUGGUUAGAUCCGACGCGCCGUCAGAUUUCCACGUAGCUCAAAGAUCAGAAAGCUCAAAACAAUCUCCCGCCUCCGUCACUCCUCCUCCAUCACAACCGUCGUCUCAUCACACAGCUCCUCCGCCGCCGCAAAUUUCGACUGCGACGACUACGACGGCAGCUAUGGAAGGUAUCUCCGGUGGACUAAUCAAGAAGAAGCGUGGACGGCCAAGGAAGUACGGACCGGACGGGACUGUUGUAGCGUUAUCUCCUAAGCCAAUUUCAUCAGCGCCGGCGCCGUCGCAUCUUCCGCCGCCGAGUUCAAACGUCAUCGAUUUCUCCGCCUCUGAGAAACGUAGCAAAAUGAAACCAACAAACACUUUUAACAGAACCAAGUAUCAUCACCAAGUUGAGAAUUUGGGUGAAUGGGCUCCUUGCUCCGUCGGUGGUAAUUUCACACCGCAUGUAAUCACAGUCAACGCUGGUGAGGAUGUAACAAUGAAGAUAAUCUCGUUUUCGCAACAAGGACCUCGUUCUAUUUGCGUUCUAUCAGCAAAUGGUGUUAUUUCAAGCGUUACACUUCGUCAGCCUGAUUCCUCUGGGGGCACAUUGACAUACGAAGGUCGGUUUGAGAUAUUAUCAUUGUCCGGGUCAUUCAUGCCUAAUGAUUCAGGCGGAACUCGGAGUAGAACUGGAGGAAUGAGCGUAUCGUUAGCAAGCCCCGACGGACGUGUAGUAGGCGGUGGCCUUGGCGGUUUACUAGUAGCCGCGAGUCCGGUUCAGGUGGUUGUAGGAAGUUUUCUAGCUGGCACUGACCAGCAAGAUCAGAAACAGAAAAAGAACAAACACGAUUUCAUGUUGUCCAAUCCUACCGCUGCGAUUCCUAUCUCUAGUGCAGCUGAUCACCGGACAAUCCAUUCGGUCUCGUCUCUUCCGGUCAAUAAUACAUGGCAGACUUCUUUAGCUUCUGAUCCAAGAAACAAGCAUUCCGAUAUUAAUGUCAAUUUAACUUAAAAAGUCCAAUCUUUCUCUGUAAUUUCUGUUAACAAGUUCGGUUCGGUUGGUUUAUCCACAUUAGGGUUUUACUAAAAUGGUAGUAUUAUAGGGUUUUAGGGUCUUAUUGUUGGUUCCAUUGUUGUCACACGUAGGAUUAUUUCCAUCUUUUUAUUCGGAUUGAAUCAUCUUGUUUCCUUAUUUUUUUGUUAAAGACGGUCAUGGUUCCGGUUUUGCAUGUCAUUGUAUCAAACAGGAAAUCAAUUUAUCAGAUCGAUGUUAGCCGGCU